AUGAAGAAUCGGGGGGAAGCAAUCAAGAAGCUAGAAUUCCAAGUGGGAUAUUUGUCUGAGAAGAUGCCCAAACCCACUGAUAGCUUCCCAAGUGACACGGAGAAGAAUCCGAGAGGUGAAGUGAAGAAGGUAAGAUGGGAAGACUGCAAUAUGGUCACUACAAAUGACAAGGAGACUGAAGACAAGCCAAGCAAGCUGUCAGAACAACCUGAACAUACCUUAGUAGAGAAGGAGAAGAAAGACCAACAAGAACCAAAAAUCUCAAAACAGGAGCUGCUGAGACUAUAUGCACUAUUUCUUCAACUGCUAAAGGGUGCUGUGGGAAAGAGAAUGUACUCAAGGUUCUUAGACUCAUUUGCAUCUUUGAAUGUGAACAUACCAUUCAUCAAGGUCAUUCAGCAAAUGCCAGCAUUCAUCAAGUAUAUGAAGGAACUACUUCCCAGGAAGAGCUCACUCAAAGGGGGCCAGACUAUAGUGAUGAACAAGGAUUGCAGCACCCUCAUUCAAACACAAUUGCCUGCGAAAAGAAAAGACCCAGGGAGUUUUCAUGUCCCUUGUGCUAUAGGGGAAACAAAUUUUGAUAGAGCACUUUGCGAUUUGGGAGCAAGUAUCAACUUAAUACCCCUAUCCCUGGUAAAAAGGCUGCAGAUCAAUGAGAUACUACCUACAAAUGUAGUCAUAAAGCUGGCUGACAAGACUCAAAUGGUAGAAAAUGUGUUGCUCAAAGUUGGAAAAUACUUUCUCCCAACAGACUUUGUCAUCCUGGACAUGGAAGAGAGUCACCUGCACCCAAUCAUAUUGGGGAGACCAUUUCUAGCUACUGCUAGAGCACUCAUAGAUGUGGAAAAAGGAGAGCUAAUAUUAUGA